AGUGCCGCCGUUGAUUCUCUCCGUCUGCUCUGGUGGAAUUCGGGGUCAGUACUCAGAGACACAGACAGGGAAUCCAUAUUUUAAAAUUGUUGGGAAGGCAGGCGGAGGACUGGCUUUUCUCUCGAGGACCUGUCAAUUCCGUGGAAUUCCUCAGAGAUGCCAGGCGUUUGCGAUGGUUUCACCAAAUAUAUAAGCCCCGCCUCUCUUGUUGUCUGUGUGCCUCUCUGUUACUCCCUUCUUUCCUGGUGGUGAUCGCAGAGGAGGAAAAUGGCGUCCCUCGCCUCAGAUUGCUCGACUCUCUGUGGCGUUCCUUCCGGUUCUGAAGCACCAACUUUGGAGAAACAAUGGAGGAGGCCGAUUGCCGGAAUUUAUUAUCGCCGGAAUCCGGCUUUGGUGAAGAAUAAAGGAGUUCGAUCAGGAAAGACUCCCUGUUUUAGCGCAGUGUUGACGCAGGAAGGAUUAGCAACGAAAACUGCACUAGAAGGAGAGAACCUGUUGGUGAAGUUAAAUGAUGGUGAUGGGCCGUUGCCUCGUAGACUUUUUGAGCAACAGGGAGAUUCUGUGGCCGUCUCAGGUGGGAACGGCAGUGAUCCCACCGUCAGUUUUACUGUGGUCGGAGCAUCUGGAGACCUUGCAAAGAAGAAGAUCUACCCCGCACUCUUUGCUCUUUUCUAUGAGGGAUACCUCCCGGAGCAUUUUACGAUCUUCGGCUACGCGCGUAGCAAGAUGACAGAUGAUGAGCUGAGAACAAUGAUCAGCAACACGCUCACUUCUAGAAUUAAUAAGAGGGAGAACUGCAAUGACAAGAUCGAUCAGUUUCUGCAAAGGUGCUUCUACCAUUCGGGGCAGUACGAUUCUGUCGACAAUUUUGCUGGGUUGGACAAGAAGCUGAAGGAACAUGAGGGAGGAAGGGCUUCAAACCGUCUAUUUUACUUAUCAGUUCCACCAAACAUAUUCGUGGAUGCAGUAAAAUGUGCCAGUUUGUCGGCUUCUUCAUCUAGUGGUUGGACAAGGGUUAUUGUUGAGAAGCCUUUUGGUCGUGACAGUGAAUCAUCUGCAGCACUUACUAGAAGCCUCAAGAAGUACCUGCGAGAGGACCAAAUUUUCAGAAUUGACCACUAUCUGGGAAAGGAACUGGUCGAGAAUUUAUCAGUACUUCGUUUCUCAAACCUUAUUUUUGAACCACUAUGGACAAGGCAAUAUAUACGGAGCGUGCAGUUAAUAUUUUCAGAAGAUUUUGGGACAGAAGGCAGAGGCGGGUAUUUUGACAGCUAUGGGAUCAUCAGAGACAUCAUGCAGAACCAUUUGCUCCAAAUAUUGGCAUUGUUUGCUAUGGAAACUCCUGUCAGCUUGGAUGCAGAGGAUAUUAGAAAUGAAAAGGUUAAGGUUCUGCGUUCUAUGAGACCUUUGCAACUGGAUAAUGUGGUCAUUGGUCAAUAUAAGAGCCAUACCAAGGGUGCACAUAUGUAUCCAGGAUAUCUUGAUGAUAAAACCGUGCCCAAGGACAGUCUGACACCGACAUUUGCUGCAGCUGCUCUCUUUAUAGACAAUGCUAGAUGGGAUGGAGUUCCGUUUCUCAUGAAAGCUGGCAAAGCCUUGCAUACAAGCCGAGCUGAAAUCAGAGUACAGUUCCGGCAUGUCCCAGGCAACCUAUAUAGCAAAUGCUUCAGUACAGACCUUGACAGAGCAACAAAUGAGCUCGUAAUACGGGUUCAGCCUGAUGAAGCCAUCUAUCUGAAGAUCAACAACAAGAUACCCGGGUUGGGUAUGCGAUUGGAUCGAAGUAAUCUGAAUCUUCAUUAUGCAGCUAGGUAUUCAAAGGAAAUUCCAGAUGCUUAUGAGCGGCUGAUCCUUGAUGCUAUUGAAGGAGAAAGGAGACUCUUCAUCCGCAGUGAUGAACUUGAUGCAGCAUGGGCACUCUUCACGCCAGUUCUGAAAGAAAUUGAAGAGAAAAGGAUCGUCCCUGAGUUUUAUCCAUACGGUAGCCGAGGACCUGUUGGUGCUCACUACCUUGCAGCAAAGUACAAAGUUAGGUGGGGAGAUAUGGAACACCAACCUGAGUAAAUGUGGGAUUGGUAUCUGUUGCCAAAGCAAGCUCUGCCUUCUGUAUAUACCUCUUCGAAGUUAAGCCUUUGCGUGCAUGGUUAUGGAUCAAUCCUUUGUCGAAUUCAAGUUAACAAGAUGAACAUGUUCGCGCUAGCAACGUCAUGAUGUCAGGUUUGAAGCAGGUUUUCUGAACGUUUAGGCCAACGAAACUAACCUUAUCUAGAUCACGCAUCUUGUUCCAAAAAUUCUGAACGAUAAUGAAAGAUGCAGAUCUAAUGGAAUUUUUCUUUCUUUUCUCCGUCUACAUGUUUCUCUGUGGCAUCAGUUACAUGGUUGUUGAGGAGAUGCUCCUGUUUUUUCAUUUACAGGUCAAGAAGUUUGCAUUGACUUUGCUUUA